AUGAGAUAUUUGAAGUGCCUAGAGAAAAGGAGUCAUGUUUCUGUGGAGGAGCAGCUGUCCUGCUGUAGUUUGUGUCAGGACGUCCUGAAGGAUCCAGUCUCUACCAGCUGUGGACACUGGUUCUGCAGACAGUGCAUCAGCUCAUACUGGGACCAGUCUGCUUCAUCAGGAGACUCCUCCUGUCCCCAGUGUGGAGACACAUCCAGAACAAGAGCUGGACUGCAGACAGCCAGUCAGACCAGCACUGUACAAACAGACAGUGGUCUGCAGGAGGUUUUAGAUGAACAUAAGAUCAGUGUGAGGAGGAGAUGUGAACGUGUGACUGAAGGAAGUGAUGAAACAGGAAGUGAAACCCUCCUCAACAGGAUCUACACUGAGCUCUACAUCACAGAGGGACAGAGUGAAGAGGUUAAUACCCAACAUGAGGUGAAGCAGCUUGAGAGAGCUUCUAAGAAGAAGACCCUCCAUGAAACUCCAAUCAAGUGUCAGCACAUCUUUAAAGCCUUACCUGAGCAACAGAAACACAUCAGAGUGGUUCUGACCAACGGCGUCGCUGGCGUUGGAAAAACCUUCACAGUGCAGAAGUUCACUCUGGACUGGGCCGAGGGUUUGGAAAACCAAGAUGUCAGUGUGGUGAUUCUGCUUUCGUUCAGGGAGCUGAACUUGAUCAGAGAUGAGAAGUUCAGUCUUCUCACUCUGCUCCGUGUUUUCCAUCCAACAUUACAGAAGGUCACAGCAGAGGAGCUCGCUGUCUGUAAAGUUCUGUUCAUCUUUGACGGCCUGGAUGAAAGCAGACUGGCUCUGGAUUUCCACAACAAUGAGGUUGUGACUGAUGUCACACAGAAGUCAUCGAUCAACGUGCUGUUGACAAACCUCAUGGAGGGGAAGCUGCUUCCCUCGGCUCUGGUCUGGAUAACUUCCCGACCUGCAGCAGCCAAUCAGAUCCCUCCUGCAUGUGUUGACAGGGUAACAGAAGUACGAGGCUUCACUGACGCCCAGAAGGAGGAGUACUUCAGGAGGAGAGUCAGUGAUGAAGAGCGGUCCAGCAGAAUCAUCUCACACAUGAAGACAUCCAGGAGCCUCCACAUCAUGUGUCUAAUCCCAGUCUUCUGCUGGAUCACUGCUACAGUUCUGGAUCACAUGUUGACUACAGAGCAGAGAGGAGAGCUGCCCAAGACCCUGACUGACCUGUACUCACACUUCCUGCUGGUUCAGACAAAGAGGAAGAAGCACAAGUAUGAUGAGGGACAUGAGACCAGUCCACAGGAGCUGACGGAGGCUGACAGGGACGUUCUUCUGAAGCUGGGGAGGCUGGCGUUUGAACAUCUGGAGAAAGGAGACAUCAUGUUCUACCAAGAAGACCUGGAGCGCUGUGGUCUUGAUGUCACAGAGGCCUCGGUGUACUCAGGAGUUUGUACAGAGAUCUUCAAAAGAGAGUCUGUGAUCUUCCAGAAAACAGUCUACUGCUUCGUUCAUCUGAGCGUUCAGGAGUUUCUGGCUGCAGUCUACCUGUUCCACUGUUUCACCAACAGGAACACAAAGGUACUGGAGGACUUCCUGGGGACAGACCAGGAUAAUUACAGAUCCCUGGAUGUCUUCUUACAGAGAGCCAUGGAGAAAUCCCUCCAAAGUAAAAAUGGUCACCUGGAUCUGUUUGUCCGCUUCCUUCAUGGCCUCUCUCUGGAGUCCAACCAGAGACUGUUAGGAGGCCUUUUGGGUCGGACAGACAACAGUCCAGAAAUCAUCCAGAGAGCCAUCAACAACCUGAAGGAGAUGAACAUUGAAGAUAUCUCUCCUGACAGAAGCAUCAACAUCUUCCACUGUCUGCUGGAGAUGAACGACCUCUCAGUACAUCAGGAGAUCCAAGAGUUCCUGAAGUCAGAGAACAGAUCAGAGAAGAAACUCUCAGUGUUCCACUGCUCAGCUCUGGCCUACAUGCUGCAGAUGUCAGAGGAGGUUCUGGAUGAGUUGGACCUGAAGAAAUACAACACAACAGUCGAGGGACGAUGGAGACUGAUUCCAGCUGUGAGGAACUGCAGAAAGGCUCAAUUUACAUUCAGUGACCUCUCAGAGACUCACUGUGAAGUCGUGGCCUCAGCUCUGAAGUCCAACCCCUCCCAUCUGAGAGAGCUGGACCUGAGUAGAAACUACCUGCAGGAUUCAGGAGUGAAGCAGCUGUGUGCUGGACUGGAGAGUCCAAACUGUAGACUGGAGACUCUGAGACUGAGGAGCUGCAGUUUGUCAGAGAUCAGCUGUGUUUCGCUGGCCUCAGCUCUAAAGUCCAACCCCUCCCAUCUGAGAGAGCUGGACCUGAGUAUCAACAAGCUGCAGGAUUCAGAUGUGAAGCUGCUGUGUGAUUUUCUGGAGAGUCCACACUGUAAACUGGAGACUCUGAGACUGGAGAGCUGCAGUUUGUCAGAGAUCAGCUGUGUUUCGCUGACCUCAGCUCUGAAGUCCAACCCCUCCCAUCUGAGAGAGCUGGAGCUGAGUGACAAUAAGCUGCAGGAUUCAUAUGUGAAGCUGCUGUGUGAUUUUCUGGAGAGUCCACACUGUAAACUGGAGACUCUGAGACUGUGGAACUGCAGUUUGUCAGAGAUCAGCUGUAUUUCAUUGGCCUCAGCUCUGAAGUCCAACCCCUCCCAUCUGAGAGAGCUGGACCUGAACUACAACAACCUGCAGGAUUCAGAUGUGAAGCUGCUGUGUGAUCUGAAGGAGAGUCCACACUGUAAACUGGAGACUCUGGAAUGGAGGUCAACUCUACCAUAUCAGUAGAGAGGAUCAGCUGUGUCCUAAUGAUCCAGAGACGUUGAAGCAGUAGCAUCAGUUUGUGUGUCUGUGUGAGUCAUUGUCUGUGUGUGUCUGUGUGUAUCUAUGUAUAUAUUGUAUAAUAGUGAGGCGAUUCAAAUAAAUACACAUUUCCUAGUCCUGAAGAAGCAGCUAACGCUAUCUCUGGAUGGUGGAGUGUGAGGUGAGCCCUCAUGUUCGUAGUAUUCCCACAGUGUUUUAUUCUCAUGUUACUCUGUUCGUAAAUCACAUGUGUCAUAUCCAAGUCCUCCUUUCCUUUUGUGUUAAAAAAUCCAAAAUAAGUCCAGACGUUUGAUUUAAACACAGACGCCACUCUCCUUAUUUCUGAUGAACUUCCUGCCAAAUGCUGCUGACUGAGACCUCUGCUGACCUCACCGGGAAAAGCCAACAGCACCAUCUAGUGGAGCGAAAAAGCAACUGACUAUUAUUCUGCCACCAAAAGUUGUAUGAAGCUUCUGUGCAGGUAGAUUUGGUUCAUUAGAGACCGCUGUGAUUCACUAUAUAUCUUUAAAUGUUACAGUUACAGCUGAUGUCACAACAACAAUCACUCCCGAGUAAAUAACUGGAAAUAGUUUACAACUGCAGAGAUCUGUUUGCAUGAUGUCGCAGUGAUUCGGCCUGUAUGGGUACAUUUUCUGUUCCAGAUCUGAGAACACUACAACAGAAUAAAGAUCAUUUUGGUCUAAAACAAAGGAAACAAAUCAAAUCAGGCUCCCAGUCAUUAGCCGUUUUUCAAUACUCAAGUUCGGACUUGUGGACUUGGCAAGUCCACGCGAGAGUCCAGACUUCCCAAGAACGGGAGGAUGGGAGUACAGUCAUUUCUGCUUUUGGAACAGCAGCGAACUUGAUGAUGUCACCACCUCCGCUCGCCUUGGCUGUUGUACUGUGUUGUAUACGUGCAUUUAGAAUAAAACAAUAUAAACACAGCCCA